GUCGGGCUCCGCAGUUCGCGGGCUGAGUUCCGCGGCCGUUGUGGCGGUUGCGGCGGUUCUGCGCCCAGGAUCCGGAUGGAGGCGGCACGGGAUCCCAGCCCGGGACUGUGCUGCAAGCCCGGCGGGCGUCUGGACAUGAGCCACGGCUUCGUACACCACAUCCGCCGGAACCAGAUCGCUCGGGACGACUACGACAAGAAGGUGAAGCAGGCGGCCAAGGAGAAGGCGAGGAGGCGCCACACGCCCGCGCCCACGCGGCCCCGCAAGCCGGACCUGCCGGUGUACCUGCCGCGCCACCGAGAUGGCUCUACCAACCCAGUCAACCCAGACUGUGAGGAGUCCGGUGAAAGCAGCAGUAGUGGAAGCUCUGAGCAGGAGCCUCCUGGCCGGGAGCUCUUCUGUCUAGAAUAUGAGGCGGAUAGUGGAGAGGUCACAUCAGUUAUUGUAUAUCAGGAUGAUGAUCCCGGAAGGGUGAGUGAGGAAGUAUCAGCACACACGCCUCUGGAUCCAGCCAUGCGAGAGGCCCUCAGAUUGCGCAUCCAGGAGGAGCUUGCAAAGCGCCAAAGCCCACACUGACAUCCUGAAGCGGUCAGGCAGGGUUCACUGCACUUGGUAGAGUUUCGCCCAGGGAGCUCACCUCUAGUUUGGGGGUGCCAGGACCAGUCUAUAUGACCUUCAGGGAUCCUUGUCCUUACUCUCCAAGCUGCUGUGUCCACAAGGUCCUGUAUUGCAGGACCACAUCUGGCCUACCUCCCAGCAGCCAUUCUUUCUUUUGUAUAUUGGCCCAUUUGUCUAACCUAACAUUCUGGAAUUUUAUGAUGGUCUUGGCUGACUUGGUGUCUUAGGGACAGAGACUUCAGGAAGAGCCAGGGUUUAUGAAGUCUAUGCCCAUGUGCUGCUGUCUUGAUGAGAUCAUUUGCCAGGCCCCUUCACGAGCCAUAUUUGUUAUUUUGUGGUUCUCUGAUGUUUCUGCUUUAUUCCAUUCAUCUUCCCCUAGACCUACUUUCAGUUGUCACUUUUCCUUUCUCCUAUCUUUUUGCCUUGGGUAGAAUCCAAUUCCUCACCCUCCCAACAUGACUGUUUCUCUACCACUCAGGAAUUAGGAAGUGGGGGUUCUGGGAGCCUGCCUUCCUAACAAGUUCUCCAAGUACUUUUGAUGCCAAUAAAACAGGAGAGCUUUGUUUUGAAAGCCUAUUUGGAAACUUCUUCCCAUUCCAUGGCUUUCACAAGCUGUUCAUAUGCCCCACUACUUUGCACUGUCUACUAGGAGAACUCUAUAGGAGACCCAGGAGGAAGAUGCUGAGCUAAUCUGCAGUCAUUUGUUGAAGAAAAAAAAAAAACAACCUCGUCUGCUGAGCACAGUGGUGGCAUAUGCCUUUAAUCCCAGCACUUAGGACUCAGGAGGUAGAGACAGGCAGAUCUCUGAGUUCAAGGCCAUCCUGUCUACAUAGGAACAUAGCAUAUUAGCAUAUUCCAGGGCAGACAACUAGCUCUGUAUAGAGACCCUGUCUCAAAAAAAAAAAAAAAAAAAAAAAAAAAAACAGGUUAAAAAAAGGAAAACCUGCCUUGGUUAGGGUUACCAAAUUUACCCCCUAGCUUUAAAUUGAUUACCUUCUGCUCAAACUAGAGGGGAAUUAUCAAAACAAACUUGAAAAUACCUCUCCAAUUACUGUUUAGCACUCUUGAAUUAUUGAAGUUGAGGGAGUUGACCAUAGCUGUAAUUUCCGGUUAGGAGCGGGAGGAUGGGAGAGCUUUAGUUAUAAAAAAGAGAGUGAGAGAGUCCUGAAAAAUACCAUAGAGGAAGUAAAAUAAACCCUUCUCUGCCCUAUGAUUUGUUUUUCCUACCUCCCAAGAAUAUGUCUGAACAUGAUGAUGCACACUUGUUAUUCCCAGUAAGCAAGAGCCAAAGCAGGAUUGCUGCAAGUUAAAGGCCAAUCUAAGCUGUCUCAAGAAAAAACUAAAUAAAUGUAACUUAGGUCCUUUAGUUAAAGAUCCCCAGAGAUAGCAUUUUUUUCAACAGGGGGCAUGUUUUCCAACCCAAGGUUAGGCUAAGGUCUGAAGUCCACAACACAUCCUGUGUACAGGAAUUGAGGCAUGUAAGAUUUCCAGGUAAUGAGCCUAACAUCAACACCUAGAAAUGUGAGCUGUAAAGAGCCUACGGAACACUGAAUCUGCCUAGAACCAAAACCCCAGGAGGCUGUCUUCCCCAUGAGAGUCUCGAUCAUUCUGACUCCAGCAGCUCAGUAGCUUUUAUCUUCAAGGACUCUUGGUGGCCCUGCUGGAUUUUAUCCCACUCUACUGAAAACCUGUAACGAAGGCAGCCAUCUGCUUUAUGCCAUUAAAACAGUGAGUCACAGCUUGCCAUGCCAGAAUAAUUCAGGGGCAGAGAGUUCGGCGGUAAGUUAGAAGGGCCUGUCUGGAGGUGGCUGGUCCCAGUGUUGAAUGCCAUAAGCUUGUCAGUCCUGACCCCAGGGUGCUGUCAAAGGAGAAAGCUUCUGCCCUGUUCUGGUGCACAAGUGCUAUAAGUGCCUUUGGACUCACAUUUAUAUACCAUCUAGAGUGUCUAGGGUGCUCUCCAUUCUGCAAGUCAUUCUGCAUCUCCCGUCAGUCAGUCCAUCUUCUGACUUGAAACACAGGUUUCACCAGAACUCUGGCUGCUUUGGGGGUCUGUGUUCUUAGAGCUGUGCUUCCUAGUUUCUGGUUCUGUUAUUGAACCUAGAAAAAAGACCUGAAGAAGCAUCUGAGGACCCAGCACCCAAAAGUUUCCCUCUAUCCCACUUGUUGAUAAAAGAACUAGAAGACUGCAGUGUUCAUUCUUUUAUAUGUUUAUUUGAUCCUCAUAGGAGACUGAUGGAAACUCUCUAAGCUCCUUUUUCAGAAGCACUUUGCUUAUCAAGUGUAUGAAAGAUUUUCUAGCUAAGCUCUUGAUUCUUAUCUAAUUUGUCCUGUGUAACUACCUAAAGUUCCAAGCCUGUGUUAAGUCAAGAGCAGUCCUUCUGCGCCAGCCUGCUGGAGCUGAUGCUUAUGCUUUCCAGGUGCCUCUGAAAUGCCUCUCGGGGGCUGCCCUCAGCCUUUCAGCUUAGCUGCAUUGCUCUGCUGCUCUCCUCUGGAGUCCCUGAUAGUACUGUCCAUGUGGCAGAUAUCUCUUACCUAUUUCAAAACUCAAAAGCCAUAGUGAGCUCUCAGAAUUUCCCUGUGUUGUGGCACAGUAGAAGCUGUGUGCCAUGGGCAGGACUUUGAGUAAACUGCUUUCAGAAGCAACACUCAUUUGAGUAGAUAUGCUCUUUUUUUGGGGGGAGGGAGGGAAUGGGGACAAGGGAGGCUGGGCCAGGUAUGAUGGUAUGUGCCUGUAAUCCCAGCAUUUGAGUGGCUAAGGUAAAAGGAUUGCCAUAUAGCCAGGUGUGGUGACACAUACCAUUAAUACCAGCACUUGAGAGGUAGGGGCAGGAAGGUCUGAGUUUGAGGCCAGUCUGAGCUACAUAGACCUUGUAUCAAACAAGCAAAAAAAAAAAAAAAAAAAAAAAAAAAUCUCAUUCCUAUUCUCUAUGGAAUGUUUUUCCCUCAGUUCUUAUUUAACAGUUUUGUGAUUCCUGGAACAGUAUGUAUGUCAUUUCAUGAAGAGAGUUGAUUUUGCAAGGGGGUUUGGGCUAUGCAAGAAUAAAUGAUAAAGCUGGAGUUGUAGCCCACUGGCAAGCAUGAAAGAGUGUCUUUGACGAGUGUAGUGCAAAGAAAGGAAAAGUUAUAAAACUGUGUAUGAUAAGAGUAAUGUAUGUACCGGCUGCAGUCUAGCCUGCCAGCAGUAUGAAUGUGAGAGAACAUAACAUCUUACCGGUCAUCUGGGGUGCACUGCCAACUAGAGCUCAGCCCAGAGAGGUGGACGCCCCUUGGGGUGGUGAGGAUCCAACCUGCUGUGUGUUUGACAAGCUCUGUGAGUGUCAGGGUGUUGCUUCCCAGAUAAAUUUAAAUGAGAGCUUUUCUAUGAAGGACAGUUGACUUUUCCUAACGCUCAGCCUUUUGGGGAAAACUCUCAUGGAAUGUUGACAGUUAUUUGAAACCUUAACUCUUUCGAAUUCCUGCCCUAUCCCUGGGGAGCCCUAGGCAUCCUGCCCAAAUUUCCUUGGAGUUGGAUUGAUACUAGAAGUGAAAAUCGUCCUAGUAAAGGGCUUCUCUCCUCCCAGAGCCGACAGAGGCUGGGAAUGGUGGUGAACAGUUCAAGAGACUUGAGUCAGGAGGGUCACUGUCAAUCCUGAGAGUAGCCUAAGCUACAUAGCAACACCUUCUCUCAAAAAAAAGCCUCAGAGUGUACUGGCUGUGUUGUCAUGGUGCUAAAAUAUAGAAAAAGCCAUACAUUCUUUUUCUCAUUUCAGGUGUUUCUGUAUAAAUAAAAUGAAUUAUGCAAAUUGUUUGAAAAUCAUGGAAGGUACUUUUUCAACCAAUAAACUAUUUUUACAGCA